AUGGGCCGGAACACCAAGCGCCGUGCAGCGAGCAGGAAGCCCCUUAAGACCAAGAAGCCGCGCGUGCGUCCUGCCCCCUCCGCAGACGCCACGACGCUCCCCGACCUGGUGACGCUGCUGCACCUGCAGCUGGUGCCGUUCCUGACACCGCGCGACCUGUCGCGGCUGCUGCGCAGUCUCGCGCGUCUUGUGUCGGCGGAGCUGCGCGAGUCGUUGGCCUCCACGGGGCUCCGCCGCCUCUACGAGCGCGAGUCGGCGCACUUCGGCCAGCGCUGCAGCUCGGACUGGCACCUGCUGGUGCCGACGGAGGCCGAGGGCGGCGAGGGCCCGUGCGUUACCUGCAGUCCCGACGCGCCCAAAGAUCUGCCGCUGCCCCGAGUGCUCAACGCCCGCGAGCACCUGCUGGAGGCCGCGUGCCUGGCCGCUGAAGGCUUCGGCGACGUGUGCGACGGCGUGCUGCAGAUGCACUUCGGCCAGUUCGCGUCGCCCCGCCUCGGCUCCAUGCAGCCCGUGGUCUUCUCGCUGGCGACUGCGCUCGAGCUGCAGCAGCAAGAGGAUGCAUGUAGCACCAAGACCCGUAGGCUCAAGCAGGAGGGGGCUGAGGCCGAUGAGGACAUUGACACAGACGACGUGGCCCAGCUCACGAGACUCAUGGACGCGGUGCACAUGGGCGUGGGCACCCAGUUCUUCAGUAAACGGAAGCAGAACUGCGCACCGACGAACGCCGUGGAGGCUCAUUGGCGGAGUAUCACGGUGGACGCCAAGACGGGGGAAACCACGUGCGGCUACUGCCAGUUCAUCGCGGCGCACGCGUCCGCACAUCGCUGCGAGAGGUGCACGCAAGUGUUCGCCAGACUCCUGCAGCAGCACUGCAGCGCGCUGUAUCAACCGCUGAAGAAGUUCAUGCUCCGACAUCUCAAGCACGUGCGCUACAUGAAGCCAUGUCGCGGGUGGAACUGUCUGGACGACGACUUCCAAGACGACGACUUGAUGGACCUCAUUGCAGGAUUCACGCCUGCUGGAGUGCUCUGUGGCGUGUACUUGACCGACCUGCGGAUCCCACGCAGCAUGGUUCGAGACAGACUGGCGCUGGCGCUGUUGCCACUGGGUCUUACAUCGUACCUUGCCCCCGAGGAUGCAUUGAGCCUGCUAGUACAUUGUUCGCCUUCUUUAUCCCAGGUCGUCCGUGAUGCCGUCGCCACUCAGGGCCUCAAAACCUUCUACGACCGAGAGGAGGUGCAUCUCGGCAAGGGCUGUAUGCGCGACUGGCAUCGCUUGGUGCCUUCAAGGACAGUAGCCAGCCACCUCGAUCGCUGCAGCUGCAGUCGCAAUGCCAAUCCACUGCCAAACGACCUCCCGCUGCCUCGGCAGCUCAAUGCGCGCCACCACUUGCUGGAAGCUAUGUGUUUGGUCUACAGGGGCAUCCAGCCGCACUGCUUCCAGGUUCUUCAACUGGACCGGAGCUUCGAGCGCCGACAAUAUGGCGUGCUUCAACCAGUCGUCUUCUCUCUCGCAGCGGCGCUGGAGGAACAGCCGAGUAGUAACAGCGAACAGAAGGCGAUCGAUGUGAAGGAUGUGGCGCUGCUCACGCGUCUGAUGAACAGAUUGGAGACGGACUUUGGCUCGCGCUUCUUCCGUUCGUCCGACCACCGCCGCUGUCCUGCGGGCGUCCUGGAGGCGCACUGGACAAGUAUUCACGUGGACUUGGCCACUGAUACGACGUUCUGCCACUUUUGCGAUGCCAAUACAGGCAGCAUGGUUGAAGGUCCUUUGAACCCGCAGUUCCGAGAGGCCGAGUACGAGUUUCUGAUGCGCCAGCACUGCCGCGACGUGUACCAGCCGCUCAAGAAGUUUAUGGCGCGCCACUUGCAGCACGUGCGCUACGUGCGUCCUCCGCGCGGGUGGAACGAGGCCGGCGACAAUUUCCAGGGCAACGAGUGGCUCGACCUCAUCGCGGGCUUCACACCCGGCGGCGUGCUCUGCGGCGUGUACCUGACGGACGUCCGCAUCCCGCGCGCCUGGAUCAACGACCGCCUCGCCCCCGGCGCGUAUCCGUUCGACGAGAGUGCAGUCGACCUCACGCGUCUGCGUAUCGCGUACGAAUAA